AUGACCUCCAGAAUCAAGACUGUCUUAGUUAUUGGCGGCACUACGGGAAUAGGCGAGCAGCUGGUUCGCCGCUUCCACGCCUUGGGCAAGAAAGUUAUCGUUACAGGCCGGAAUCAGGCUAGCCUUACCGCGUUGGCACAGGAACUAGGUGGGCUCGAGACGCGCCAGUUUGACAUCACCGACUUCUCUACGUUACCGUCGCACGCCGCCGACAUUCUCAAAGCGUUCCCCAAUCUAGACACUGUCCUCAUCAACGCCGGCAUUCAGAAGAGUUUCAGCUUCUUCGAUCCAUCCAGCAUCGCACCGGGUGAGGUCGAGCGCGAGAUUGCAGCGAACUUGACUGCGCCGACACUACUCAUCCAAGCCUUUGCACCGCACUUGCUAUCUCUUGCCACCAAGGGUACCCCUGCAACACUCUUCGUUACCAGCUCCACUCUCGGUCUCAUUCCUAUGGGCCUAUGGCCUAAUUACAGCGCCACCAAAGCCGGAAUACACGCCCUGGCUCUGACCCUUCGUCAGCAGAUCGCUUUCGCAGGUGAGGAGGCGAAGAAGAAUUUCAACGUUGUCGAGAUUGUGCCACCGUAUGUCGAUACUGGGUUGGAUAAGGAACAUCGUGAGGCAACGAAUGCGGCGCAGGGAGAACAUGCAUUUCCGCCGAUGCCCCUGCAAGAAUAUAUUGAUCAGUUCUUCAAGACGCUAGAGGAUGUGGAAGCUGACGGGAGCUUGAGGAAGGAGAUCGGGGUCGGAACGGGAGCUUUGGCUGUCCAGACGUGGAGAGACAGCUUUGGGGAGGUAUACAAGCAAUUUGGGAUGGCUACAUGA